CAACUUUCUCUAGCUAACAACCAAACAUCAUUUAUUUUCAUUUUUGUGAUCACUUUAAAUUUCUCCAAAGGUUUUAUCAUUUUUGUAUACCCUUUUCUCUUAAGUUUUCAUCUUUGUUAUUUGGAUCAACAUUGUUAGUUUUUUAGUUCUAUUGGGCGGGUUUAAUUUGAGUUAAUAAUUUUCUAGAGAAAAUGAAGGAAAGUGUAGGAAACCCUUUGCACCUAAAAUCUGUGAACCAUAUCUCACUCAUAUGUAGAUCAGUUGAAGAAUCAAUGGAUUUCUACCAAAAUGUUCUUGGUUUCUUCCCAAUUAGGAGGCCUGGUUCUUUUGAUUUUGAUGGGGCAUGGCUAUUUGGCUAUGGUAUUGGAAUUCAUUUGCUAGAAGCAGAGAACCCAGAGAAGUUACCAAGGAAGAAAGAAAUAAAUCCAAAGGAUAAUCACAUAUCUUUCCAGUGUGAGAGCAUGGGAGCAGUGGAGAAAAAGCUGAAAGAAAUGGAAAUCGAUUAUGUAAGAGCAACAGUAGAAGAAGGUGGAAUACAAGUAGAUCAACUUUUUUUCCAUGAUCCAGAUGGUUUCAUGAUUGAGAUUUGCAAUUGUGAUAGUCUUCCUGUUAUUCCAUUAGUUGGUGAUUUGGCAAGACCAUGCUCUCGUUUGAAUCUUCACUUGAUGCAGAAUCAGCAACAAAAUGUACACAAAAUUGUUAAGUAAUUAAUUAUUAUUGUGAUGUGACCUACCAAGCAUCUUUUUGUGUUGUAUCAUGACUCUUCAAAUUCUACUUUCUUUUUACUUUUUACUAUGUUGUUGUUUUUCUUGUCUAGUUGUCAAUUUGUCAUCUUGUUUCCUAGUACUAUGUUAAUUAUUAAUUACUAAUAUUAUUAUUAAAUAA